UUUGAAUCGGCGAGACUGCCUAGCCAAUCAGGCCGGUCUCGUGUUAAGCUAGCGCGAGGCUGUGCGCUAGGGUUUAAAGAGGGGAGAGAAGGGAAGACAGUGGCGAGAUUUCAAUCAACUCAACAACACAGAUACAAUAAAAAAGUGAAAGUUUAUUGGACACAGGCCAACCCAUCUCACGAAAAUGGCAAAAGGGGACCCCAGGAAACCCAAAGGCAAGAUGUCUGCAUAUGCCUACUUUGUUCAGACCUGUCGGGAAGAGCACAAAAAGAAGAGCCCAGAGAUACCAGUCAGCUUUUCCGAAUUUUCCAAAAGAUGCUCUGGAAGAUGGAAGGCAAUGUCUGAUAAAGAAAAAUCCAGAUUUGAAGACAUGGCCAAACAAGAUAAGGUGCGUUAUGAUCAAGAGAUGAUGCAUUACAUGCCAGGCAAGAGAGGCAAGAAGAAGGACCCAAAUGCCCCCAAGAGACCAGCCUCUGGAUUCUUUCUGUUUUGCUCUGAACAUCGUCCACAAAUUAAGGCUCAGUAUCCCAGCUUGGGUAUUGGAGAUGUGGCCAAAAAACUAGGCGAGAUGUGGAACAGCCUCACAGAUGCCACCAAGCAACCCUACCUGAUAAAGGCCAACAAGCUUAAGGACAAGUAUCAAAAGGAUGUUGCCGAUUACAAAACGAAGGGCAAAGUUGGUGGUGUUUCCAUGGGAAUGGGAAUGAUGGCGAAUUGCGUGGCUCCAAAACCAGUGAUGAAGAGCACUAUGGACGAUGAAGAUGAUGACGAGGAAGAAGAUGAAGAAGAGGACGAUGAUGAAUAUGAUGACGACGAGUAGACUUUCAUUUGUGUGUGUAUUAUAAUACCUGUUUUCCUCCCAUUGAGGUGCAGUACGAUACAGAUUACACUGGCAGUCUUUCAUUGCCCCGUUGUUGUUUGAAUAGAGGUGGAAUAUUUUGUUUGCUGUGGGUGAGAGACUACCACGGCUUCUUACCUCCGGCUUUGUAUGUGUGUGAGUGCAUGUGCAGAUGUAAAGAUACAACUAUUAUAGUAGCCCAGUGUCUUCCUAGCCCAUGUAUCCUUUUACCAGCUGUAUAACAAAGGCCUUUACACAAGUAUAUGUAAAUCCCUUUUCUAUGUAUUUUUGUUCUGAGUUUUCUGAGAUGUCGGUAACUCUGUAUAUGGUUAACUUUGAGUAGAGAGUGUUUCAUGGUUCUAGUGAGUUGCAUGUGGUGUCAUAGUUCAAUACUGUGCACCAAUAGCAGACAUUUCAUGCUAAACCAGCAGCUGUUUCUUUUCCCUAACUAUUUUAGGAAAAAACUGCAUAUCAGUGUGCAAAAGAGCAGUUAGUACCAGCACGUCUAUUAGUCCUGCUGCAGGGCAUGUGCUAUAUAUUGUCUACUAUACUUCAUGCUAUACUUCAUGAUAUAUUAGCACAUCUGAGAGCAAUAUAGGAAAGAUUUAUAUUAUCUUUCCUAUAUAUAAAUUGUCGUGUAAUCUAGGAAUGCACCAACAUAGAAAUUAUGUUGUUAUUGCUGAAAACAGAUUAGCUGUACAAUAUUACAGGUACUUUUAAAACAACAUGUAACUGUUACAUGCUUGUGUAAAAUAAAAUUAGGUGAAACUAAUGAUGAAAAGUUAACUGAAGAGUUAUUAAAUAUGGCAUAAAAAUAGUAUAAUGUUUAAAUUGAAGAAAAUAAGCCCCGAUAACAUCCAAGUCUAAAGUCCACAUACAAUAUUUAAAACACUAAUAUUGGCCAAUAUUGAUAUGGUCCCUGAUAUAUUGUGCAUUCCUAGUUUGCUCCCUUAUUUUUUUCUUGAAUAUAAUGUAAGAAACAAUGCUGAUGAUAAAACUGUACUUAUGAUGUAUUUAUGAUUUUCACUUAAUAUGUUUGAAGUUUGCAAUUAAAUUGAAACAUUUUUA